CAUCUAUUGCUUUAAGUGAUCUGCAUUCAUUCAUGUAUUCUCACACCAAUGAGUUUUUUACCACUCAGUUCAAGGUAAAAUGUUUGUAUAUCCAUCUCUUAUAUUUGUAUUAAUUUAUAUUACAUAAUUACAUAACCUUAAGAAGAAUGUAGCUGAAAGAACUUCAACUUUGACAACUUUACUGAUUGUAUCUGAAAGAGCUUUACUCAGUGUAGCUGUGACAUAUUUACUGAGUGUAAUUAAGACAACUUUUCUGAGUGUAACUGAGAAACUCUACUAAGUGUAGCUUUGACAACUUCAUUAGGUGUAUUGAGAUGACUUUACUGAGUUUAGCUGAAGCAAAAAGUGCUGAGUGAGAUAAUCAAGCUAUUAAAUUCACAAUUAAUAAAUAUCUGAUUUCAUUACAUUUCCAUUAUGGUCAACUAUUAUAUCAUUAAGGUUUACAAGAUUUCCAAGUAUGUUUGCAGAGUUUGGUUAAAGAUCUGGGCACAAGAAAAACCUUUGAUUAUUGAAUGUGAUGAAAUUUUAAUUUAAAUAAGUUAAUACAUCUUUCACGUUUUCAAGAUUAUUGAAACAAAAAAACCAACAGCCAUUAUUUUGCUAUCCGAAAGUACAUUACUAUAAGAUAACAAAAGAUAAGAUUCUUUAUUUAUCAAAAUAAAUGGAAAUUUUUCUUGAUUAAAUUGUACAUAUUUUUUGUCAGCACAAAAAUAAAUACCUAUUUUAACCAAGACAACAUUUUGCAAUUAUAACAACUCAAGACAUAUCAAGUAUUUCUCUAGCAUAGAAAUCAGCCAUCUAAGAACUCCUUUAGUGAAAAUAAGGACUUAAUUAUUUAUUUAUUUAUUUAUUUAUUUAGGCAUUUUUAUAUAGCGCUUAUCAUAAAGCUCUAAGCGCUUUACAAUUAUUAAAACAUGUAAACUAAGUAAAUACAAAUGAGACACUAGGAUAGUAACUACUAUUGAUCAUUUAAAUUUGGUAACCAAUUAUUGAUCAUUUAAAUUUGGUAACCGCUGGGAGAGCAUGCUGGUAAAUUCGUACAGACUUGGAAACAAAAGAAUUUGUAUAUCUUUUGGUCGUAACUUUAAUUACAUGUCAAAGAUCUGAAAAAAUGACAAAUUAACUUAAAAAAGUCUAAUUAUGUUUUUUUUUCAUUAGAAAGUACCAGCAGCGAAAAAUGCAACAACAGAAGUUGGACUUAGUGAACAUAACAAGCUGAAAAAUAGAUACAAGAAUAUUUGCGCAUGUGAGUUGGAUUCAAGGUUAAGAUAAAAAGAGGUGUUUAGAUAACAGUGGUGAAUUUAAAUAUGCAUUAAUGUAAGGUUAGGAAACCAUUUAAAAAGAACAAAUGUGUCAGAUAUAUUACAUAUUUUAUUUUUUAGUAUGCUUACUGAACACUGUAGUACCUUUAUGCAUUUCAUGAAUGUUGUUUUGACAUAAUCUGUUUAUAACAUUUAAAUAAAUUAUCUCUUUUACAAUAUAAUCCCAUAACUUUUUUGUAUUUCUCAAGUUUCUAGUGAACUAUAUCUGUAUAAAUUAAUCUUCCUUCCAUCAGAUGACCAUUCUCGUGUUCACCUGGAGAUCAACACCGCAAAGAAUGAAGGAGAUUACAUAAAUGCUUCUUACGUUGAGGUAUAAAUAUUUUAUAGAAAAGUUUGAUGGCUUUAUCCUUGAUAAAAAGGUUUAAAGCAACUAUAAAUAUCAAGUGUAGGAUUCAAUCUGCUUUCCUAUUUAAAACAUUCUUACCCUAAGAGUGUGCAUGAAUGCCACAGUUACAGAACAUUUUCUCAAAUCCAACCAGUGUCUGGCAGAACUGUCUCUCAUUAAGUCAUUGCUUAGUUAAAAUUAAAUAGUAAAACAAGGUAUGCUGAAGCUUGAGUCAAAAGACAGGACAAUAAGAUCUUAACGUUUCGGCUUAAAGUCUUCUUCUGCGAACAGGACAAAUAGAAGUAAGACAAAAAACAGAGCACAGUAAAAAAAAACUUUAGAGAUCUCCCUUGUUGUUGCCAGAAGUAGGAUUACAGGAAGUGAAAGAAUAUAAAUAUUGGAACUGUGAAAAUUAAUGAUAAUAAGGGGCGAGACUGCAGUCAGGUCAGCAAAAAAUAAUAUUCUCAAAAUGAAGUCAUUACAUAAAUUUCAAAUAAUGAGUCAUUGAAAAUUUACUUAUAACUAAAUGUAACCUUCCAUCAUUUUGAUGAGUAAAAAGGUUAUUAUUUUAUGUAAUGAAAACAGCAGAUGUUACUUAUAUAAUAUGGAAGUUAAAUUCAAAAAUAUUUGGCAUGGUGUAAUGACAAAAAGUUCAUUUUAUUCCUAUUUUUUUCUUUGUGGAUAAUGAUGAACAUUUUUUUAAUUUUUCAGGGAUACCAUACUAAUGAAAAAUUCAUUGCUUCUCAAGGUAAGUUAAAAUACUUGAACAUACUCAAUUUAUUUACUUCUUUCAUUUAGAUUUUACUUUUCUUUUAUUAAACAGAAAAUCUUGUCAUGGAUAUAAGUAAUUCUUUUUAGCAAUUUACUUGUUUACUGACUGUAUGGAGUUUAUUCCAAAAAUAGUUUCAUUUGCUUGCUAAAUAAUUAUUUUUUUAAUCUAACUACCCUAUAAAAAUAAUUACUUUACUUUAACUACCCUAAAUAAAGUUAAUUUUUUUUUAAGUAACUAUCCAAUAGAAUUAAUUUUCUAAUUGUAAAUAUCCAAUAGAAUUAAUUUUUAAAUGUAACUCUUCUUGCAGGUCCAACCAAACACAUGAUCAAUGAUUUUAUACGAAUGCUGUGGGAGCAAAGAGUGGACAAAGUUGUGAUGCUAACAAACCUCAUUGAAGAGGGAAAAGUUCGUAUAGCUUUAAAACCUCUUUUUUCUUUUCUUUAUUUCUCUAAUUUUACUUUUGAAAAAGCAGUUUUGAGCAAUUUCCAGCUCAGGGAACUUUAACAAUAUUUUAUCUUUCUGGCACCUCUUCUUCUUUUUCCUAUUCAUUAAAUAAAGAUAUCAAUAUAAAAACAAGUACCAAGGAAAAGUACUUUUGUUUAGUGUUGUUAAUUUCACAGUGCUUUUGUUUAGUGUUGUUAAUUUCACAGUGCUUUUGUUCAGUGCUGUUAAUUGCACAGUGCUUUUGUUCAGUGCUGUUAAUUUCACAGUGCUUUUGUUUAGUGCUGUUAAUUUCACAGUGCUUUUGUUUAGUGUUGUUAAUUUCACAGUGCUUUUGUUUAGUGUUCUUAAUUUCACAGUGCUUUUGUUUAGUGUUCUUAAUUUCACAGUGCUUUUGUUUAGUGUUGUUAAUUUCACAGUGCUUUUGUUUAGUGUUCUUAAUUUCACAGUGCUUUUGUUUAGUGUUCUUAAUUUCACAGUGCUUUUGUUUAGUGUUCUUAAUUUCACAGUGCUUUUGUUUAGAAUUGUUAAUUUCACAGUGCUUUUGUUUAGUGUUCUUAAUUUCACAGUGCUUUUGUUUAGUGUUCUUAAUUUGACAAUGAUAUUUUUCAGUGUUGUUGUAUUCACAGCGUAAAUCAGAACAGUACUGGCCAGAUGAUGGUGAUGUCCCCUUUGGUGAAAUUCAUGUCAGAUUAAUAUCAGCACACACUUUUGCUGACUACACCAUCAGAAAUAUUGAACUCUCAAAGGUUAAAAUUUAAUUAUUUUGUUUUAUGUUCAAAUAUAUUAAUAAUUGUAAAUUGAAAUAAUGCUGUUGAACUGAAUUAAAUUCUUCUUUUGUUAUCUGCAUGUGGUUAUCAAAUCAUCCAUCAAUCAAACUUGAAAAAUUAUUUAAAUUUUGUUUAAACAUAAAAAGUAAAUAGUUUUAUGAUAUAUUUAUGUACAUUUCAACUGAUUUACUUUGAGACCUUACACUGAGAAUUAAUUCCUGAUUGUGUUUUAGUUGUACUGCAGUGUCCAAUUAGCUCAUAUUUAAUAUUAAUUCUUAAAAUAUCUGAACCUAGAGAAAUGAAGCCACUCAGAUAAUGACACAGUUUCAUUUUACUUCAUGGCCUGACCAAGGCGUACCAACAGUUCCGUGGGGUCUGGUAGAGUUCGAACAGCUGGUGUCAGCUCAUCCUACAACAAGGCCUAUUGCUGUUCAUUGUAGGUAAGAUAUCAAAUAUAACAAGGCCAAUUGUUGUUCAUUGUAGGUAACAUGUCUUAUUCUUUAAGAAGCUUCAGUUAUCAAUUUUCAGAAUAAGAGAAUCAUUAUUUUCAAUAAUUAAUCUACCAUUUAAUAAAAUAAUUAUUGUGAUUUAUCACAAAGAUCAACUUAAUAAUGUUCCAAUUUAAUUAUUUUAUUAAUUUAUUUAUUUGAAUAUACUGGUCUUUUAGUGUUAAAAAAUGAUGUGUAUUUGAAGUAUUUGAUUUUUCUGUAUGUUAAUUGAUUUUUUAAACUGAUGUGUAAUUUACAUAAUCCUUUCAUGUCAUAUAAACUGUUGGGUAUUUAAAUAUUCAGUGCUGGCGUGGGCCGCACAGGGACCUUCAUAGCAUUACAUAACGUGUUAAGAGAAGCGGAGGCAAUGGGACAUGUGGAUUUUUUCAAAACACUAACCAAAUUAAGGGAGGCCAGAAUCUUAAUGAUUCAAACAGCAGUA